GGAGGGAAGGAAGACCAUGGGGCGAUUCAUCUUCAUGAGGUUCAGCUUGCUGGUCGUGGCAGUCUCCCUAAGUGGAACUGGAGCUGGUUUCUGUUGUCCCUUGGGUUGGUCCUCCUAUGAUGAGCAUUGCUACAGGGUCUUCAGUGACCUCAAGACCUGGGAUGAUGCAGAGAGUUUCUGCUACACACAGCACAGAGGCAGCCGCCUGGCCUCCAUCCAGAGCAGUGAAGAAGAAGCUUUUGUGGGCAAGCUGGCCUCCCAAACUUUGCAAUACACUUCUAUGUGGAUCGGACUGAAAAAUCCAUGGAAAGAAUGCAAGUGGGAGUGGAGUGAUGACGCCAGGCUGGACUACAAAGCCUGGACUCGAAGACCCUAUUGUACAGUAAUGGUAGUCAAGCCAGAUAGGAUCUAUUGGUUCAAUAUAGGUUGCGAAAAAACUGCAUCUUUCGUCUGCAAGUUCCAGGCAUAGUCUGAA